AUGGCGAACCUUAUUUUCGCGCACUCGAGUGCGCCGAUCCGUACGAUUAGGGAGAUACAGUUCGGCCUCUUGUCGCCUGAGGAAAUCAAGGGCAUGAGCGUCUGCCACAUCGUCUACCCCGAGACCAUGGACGAGAGUAGGACAAAGCCUCGCGACGGUGGUCUCAACGAUCCCCUUCUUGGCUCCGUCGACCGCCAGUUCAAGUGCAAAACCUGCACUGAGAACAUGACGGAGUGCCCUGGUCAUUUCGGUCACAUCGAGCUAUCCAGGCCUGUUUUUCACCCAGGCUUCAUCAGGCGUGUCAAAAAGUUGCUCGAGAUGGUCUGCCACAACUGUAGCAAGGUCUUGGCUGAUCGUAGCGACACCCAAUAUGCUGCCGCCAUGCGGAUUCGUGACCCCAAGGUGCGAUUCAAGCGUGUUUGGGACAUCUGCAAGAGCAAGAAGCGCUGCGAGAACGAACCGCCCAAAGGGAAAGAUGGCGAGUUCAAUCCCGGUAACCCAGACCAACCCGCAGAUAAGGGCCAUGGGGGUUGUGGCAACACACAACCAGUCAUCCGCCAGCAGGCUCUCACACUCUGGGGCAGCGUCGAGUCCAAGGACGAAGAUGGCGUGAAGACCAAGGAGAAGAAAGUCGUCACCCCAGAGAUGGCCCUCAACAUCUUCCGCCGCAUGACCGACGAUGAGAUGAUUGAUAUUGGCCUCAAUAUUUCCCAAGCCCGACCCGAGUGGAUGAUCAUCACCGUUCUUCCUGUCCCCCCUCCCCCGGUCCGCCCGAGUAUCUCUAUGGACGGGACUGGGACAGGCUUGCGGAACGAGGACGAUCUGACCUACAAGCUCGGCGAUAUCAUCCGCGCCAACGGCAACGUCCGCCAGGCCAUUGCAGAAGGCUCUCCGCAGCACAUCAUCACUGACUUCGAGAACCUUCUCCAAUACCACGUGGCUACCUACAUGGACAACGAUAUUGCUGGCCAGCCGCAGGCACUGCAAAAGAGUGGCCGUCCUGUCAAGGCCAUCCGCGCCCGCCUCAAGGGUAAGGAGGGCCGUCUGCGUGGCAAUUUGAUGGGAAAGCGUGUCGACUUUUCGGCUCGUACAGUCAUCACGGGUGACGCGAACAUUUCGUUGGACGAGGUCGGCGUGCCGCGCAGUAUCGCUAGGACCCUGACCUACCCCGAAACCGUCACGCCUUACAACAUCGCCAAGCUUACCAAGUACGUCCAAAAUGGACCGAACGAGCACCCGGGAGCUAGGUUCGUCGUCCGUUCUGACGGCACUCGCCUUGAUCUCCGCCACUCUCGGCGGGCGACUGGUAUCCAACUCGAAUACGGCUGGAAGGUGGAGCGCCACCUGUUGGAUGGAGAUUUCAUCAUCUUCAACCGUCAGCCUUCUCUGCACAAGGAGUCCAUGAUGGGUCACAGAGUUCGGGUCAUGCCCUACUCUACUUUCCGACUCAACCUGUCUGUCACGUCUCCCUACAACGCCGAUUUCGACGGUGACGAGAUGAACUUGCACGUUCCCCAAACUGAGGAGACACGCGCCGAAGUCAAGGAGCUUUGCAUGGUUCCUCUGAACAUCGUCUCGCCCCAGAGGAACGGGCCUCUGAUGGGUAUCGUUCAGGACACCUUGGCUGGCGUGUACAAGCUCUGCCGCCGCGACGUCUUCCUCACCAAGGAAGAGGUGAUGAAUCUCAUGCUCUGGGUUCCCGAGUGGGAUGGUAUCAUCCCUCUCCCCGCCAUCUUCAAGCCUCGCCCCCGGUGGACCGGCAAGCAGAUCAUCAGCAUGGUCAUCCCCAGCAUAAUCAACAUUCACAUGCCCAACGACCAGCCGGACAAGGAUCAUCCCUUCAAGGAUGACGGUCUUCUCAUCCAGCAAGGAGAGCUGAUGUUCGGCUUGCUGAUGAAGAAGAGCGUCGGCGCGGCUGGAGGUGGCAUUAUCCAUCUGUGCUACAACGAGCUCGGUCCCCACGGUGCUAUGGACUUCCUCAACGGGUGCCAACGGGUGGUCAACUAUUGGCUCUUGCACAACGGUCACAGUAUCGGUAUCGGUGAUACGAUUCCCGACACUACGACCAUCGGGCUGAUCCAAAAACACAUCAACGAUGAGAAGGAAGAAGUUCGCCGCCUGACACUAGCUGCCACCAACAACGAGCUCGAGGCGCUCCCGGGCAUGAAUAUUCGAGAGACCUUCGAAAAUAAGGUCUCAACUGCCCUCAACAAGGCCCGUGAUAAGGCCGGCACGUCCACCGAAAAGAGUCUCAAGGACCUUAACAAUGCCGUCACAAUGGCCCGGUCUGGUUCCAAGGGCUCCGCCAUCAACAUCUCGCAGAUGACGGCUUUGGUCGGGCAGCAAAUCGUUGAGGGAAAGCGCAUUCCGUUCGGUUUCAAGUACCGAACACUUCCUCAUUUUACCAAAGACGACUACUCUCCCGAGGCCCGGGGCUUCGUCGAGAACUCGUAUCUCCGUGGCUUGACGCCCUCGGAGUUCUUCUUCCACGCCAUGGCCGGUCGCGAGGGUUUGAUCGAUACCGCUGUCAAGACAGCCGAGACAGGUUACAUCCAGCGCCGUCUUGUCAAGGCGCUCGAGGACGCAGAAGCGCGCUACGACGGCACGGUGCGGAACUCGCUCGGCGACAUCAUUCAGUUCGUCUACGGCGAGGACGGUCUGGACGGUAUCGCUAUCGAGAAACAGCGGGUGGAUCACAUGAACAUGUCGAACGACAACUUCGACAAGCGGUUCCGUCUCGACGUCAUGGACGAGGCGACUUCGGCCGCUGCUCUCGAAUCCCUAGAGUACGGGAGGGAAAUGAUCAGCGACCCGGCUGUGCAGGAGGUUUUGGACCAGGAGUACGAGCAGCUGGCUGCUGAUCGCCAGCUCGUGCGGCGUAUCAACCACCGCAAGCAGGCUGAGGACCACAUGCAACUACCCCUCAAUAUCGCCCGAAUCAUCGAGACGGCUAAGAAGCUUUUCAAGGUCGACGACUCUCAUCGGAGCGACCUCACGCCCAACGAUGUAAUCCCCGUCGUCAAGGCUUUGCUCGACCGAAUGAUUGUGGUCCGCGGCUCUGACCCAAUCUCGCAAGAAGCCGACUACAACUCGACCAUGUUGUUCAAGAUCCAGUUGCGGUCGCGCUUGGCGUACAAGCGUCUCGCCGUUGAGCAAAGGAUCAACAAACUCGCCUUCGAACAUAUCCUGGGCGAGCUCGAGAACCGAUGGUCUCGGUCAAUGGUCGCCCCUGGAGAAAUGGUUGGUGUGUUGGCUGCGCAGUCCAUUGGAGAACCGGCGACGCAGAUGACACUGAACACUUUCCAUUUUGCCGGUGUGUCGUCCAAGAACGUCACUCUUGGUGUUCCGCGUCUCAAGGAAAUUCUCAACGUCGCAAAGGACAUCAAGACGCCAUCCAUGGUUGUCUACCUGGAUUCCGAGAACGCAACCCAAGAGGAUGCGAAGAAGAUGCGAAAUGCUGUCGAGCAUACCAGUCUCCGUUCCGUGACGGCAAUUACGGAGAUCUACUACGAUCCCGAGGUCACCUCCACAAACAUCCCCGAGGACUUCGACAUGGUCGAGUCGUACUUCUUGAUUCCAGACGCCUCGGAUCAGGAUUCGAUUGAGAACCAAUCCCGCUGGCUUCUGAGACUAACGCUCGACCGGCAAAAGAUGCUUGACAAGGGUCUUCGCGUGGAAGACGUCGCGCAACGCAUCAAGGAGGAGUACAAGAAAGACGUUGCUGUCAUCUUCAGCGACAACAACGCCGAAGAGAUGGUCCUUCGCAUCCGAGUCAUCCGCCAGGAUGACGAUAAGGACGAGGAUGGGAACAAGAUCAUCGAGGAUGACGUGAUGCUGAAGCGUCUCGAGAAGCAUCUGCUUGACAACUGCACCCUGCGCGGUGUGCCCGGCAUCGAGCGUGCGUUCUUGAACAAGGGCACCAAGCUGGUCGUGAUGCCAGACGGGUCUCAAAUGGCCAACAAGGAUACACCCGAAUGCAUGGAGUGGUAUCUCGACACCCAAGGCACGACCCUGAGAGAUGUCCUCACCAUCGAGGGUGUCGAUACGAAGCGGACAUACACCAACGACUUGUACCAGAUUGUGGAUGUGUUCGGCAUCGAGGCAGCCCGGUCCGCGCUUAUGCAGGAGUUGACCCAGGUCCUUGCCUUCGACGGUUCCUACGUGAACCACCGGCAUUUGGCACUGCUCGUCGAUGUCAUGACCUACCGUGGCAGCAUCGCCGCCGUGACACGUCACGGUAUCAACCGCGCCGACACUGGUGCUUUGAUGCGUUGCUCUUUCGAGGAAACGGUCGAGAUUCUGCUCGAGGCUGCCGCCGUCGGUGAGCUCGACGACUGCCGCGGUAUCUCGGAGAACGUCAUGUUGGGCCAGAUGGCGCCCAUGGGCACCGGUCACUUCGAUGUGCUGCUUGACCCUAAGAUGCUCGAGACGGUCAUCUCGGAUAACUCCCGGAUGAAUUUGAUGGCCGGUAUGACGAUCAAGGGCACCCAGCUCGAGGGUGCUGCGACGCCAUACGACACUGGCUCGCCGAUGGCGGAUAACGGAUACCUGGGCAGCUACUCCCCAACCAUGGGUAACUUCUCGCCCAUCCAGGGUGCCGGGUCCGACAGCCCCAACGGUUUCGGGACCGAGUACGGCGGCGGGUUCGGCUCGAGCACCGUCAAUCCUUACGCGACGAGCCCGCGUGCGACCAGCCCCUUCUCCACCUCGCCGACGUCGCCCUUCAGCUACGGAGGUGGCUACUCGCCAACGUCGCCCGCCGGGUAUUCGCCGACGUCGCCUCUUCUCGACGCCGGGGGCCGGUACGCGUCGAGCCCGCAGUUCAGCCCCUCGUCGCCGUCCUUCUCGCCGACCUCGCCCAUGUUGCGGCCCGGCAGCCCGACGAGCCCGAACUACAGCCCGACGUCGCCGAGCUACUCGCCCGCAUCGCCCGCGGCGACCAGGCACUACUCGCCCACUUCGCCGCAGCAGUUCAACUCGCCCACGUCUCCCUCGUACUCUCCUACGAGUCCGAGCUACAGCCCAGCGUCGCCGAAUCUGCAUGCCACCUCGCCAUCGUACUCGCCGGCGUCACCAACCUGGUCUCCGACAUCGCCAGAUGCCUACUCCCCGACCAGCCCGUCGUUCCACCGGUCGCCAGGGCAGCAGAUGUCGCCGACCAGCCCCGGCUAUUCGCCAACGUCGCCAUCAUUCUCGCCGAGGACUCCGGGCCGCGGCCCGUCUGGAGGCAAUGGGGACCAGUACUCACCCACUUCUCCGACGAAUGAUUGA